GUCUUACGUAAUUACAUCAAUUAUGAGGAAGAAACUUUUAACUCCAGUGACCAUAACACUCCACCGAAGCGUCUUGGAUUACGGCAGCAACAUGGAGGAACAAGAGGUAACCCAGUUUGCCGAGUUACCGUCAAAGAGGCAGUUGCCGUGGCAACAGAUGAACUUUAGGUCAAGAUUCAGAUCCAAGACAGAGCUCUUUGACUGACAGACAUGGGCGUGGCUCAACUGAUGGAGAACUACGAUUAGACGAACUUUAGGUCAGAAGGGGGCGUGGCUCUAUAAGAUGCACAACUGGGAUAACAUUGGGAUCAUUUUUCUUCGUUUUUAUUGACAGGAAUGGGGCGUGACUCUGCUGUCACGGAGAUCUAUGAUUGGCACGUAGUGGAACCGAUCUCUUGGGAACUACUCUUAUUUCGGUCAUUUUUCGGCACAGAGCUAUACGUCUUUUUACAAGUUGGUGACUGGACCAGGUUGAGGUCUUGAUUCCCAACAUGAAGGAAAUGUCGUCCCUCGCUAGCAUCGACACGUCGGCGUCAGUGUACCAACCGGCGCAGCUACUCAACUGGGUGUACCUCACCCUGGCCGACUCCAACGGUCCCCAGGGCCUCCAGAACAGUCAGUCCGUGUACACCGACCCUUGGACGGCCAACCAGAACAACCCCCAGUCCGUGUCUUCGCUGAACACUGUUAGUGUUAGUUCCCUGCUGCAGAAAACCAACCAAAAUAUCUUCACCGUGAACCACCACCACAUCCCCGCCGCCACCGAUCCCUGGUCCAGUCCACCUCAACACACAGCUAUCCACGGCAACGUCAACGCAACGAACCACUAUGCAAAUGGCAAUGUGUCCACUCUCUCUACAACGUCUCCGUACGGCAGCAUCCAGGAUCUUGCUGAUCACUUCAACGACCUGUCACUGUCCUUGGAACGGAAGCCUAGCAAGCGCCCCCCUUCCACGUACCUCUGUCACCUGUGCUUCAACAAGGGCCACUACAUCAAAGACUGUCCCCAGGUAGGCAAGGCCAGACCGAAAGGUGAAGGCCUGACCCCGUACCAGGGCAAGAAGAGGUGUUUUGGAGAGUACAAGUGCCCCAAGUGCAAGAGGAAGUGGAUGAGUGGCAACAGUUGGGCUAACAUGGGCCAGGAAUGCAUCAAAUGCCACAUCAACGUCUACCCCCACAAACAGACACAUCUGUUUUCGUGUCACCAGCGCCCCCUGGAGAAACCCGACGGCCUGGACGUCAGUGACCAGAGCAAGGUCCACCCGCAACACCUCUGUGAGAAGUGCAAGAUGCUGGGAUAUUACUGCCGCCGUAUGAACUAGAUCUGUUGCUGGAACAAGGAUUGCACAUCAUUGGGGGAAAAUGGACUUUGAAAUGUCACGGACAUAAUGGCUAAAGAAAAUGGACAUGAAUAUUACGAAAUAAAGACUUUAUUCUCUAUGACAA